AACUGUGAAAGCCCACUCCAUUCGGAUUCAAUCUGGACCAAUCCCUGCAAUCAAGUCCAAAUUCGACCCCAAAAUCAAAAUUCACUUCAUUACUCCAAAGUCGAAACAUGACCAUCGAGUUAAAGGACGAUGGCUUCGCUGUCCUCUGCUUCUGUCUCUCUUGUCAGAACCCCAACUCACCUCCCCUGCUUCAGAUCAAAUCAUGGAAAGGUUCAGUCUUUGAACAGAUAUAGCAAAACCAAGACAACCCAUUUGAGUAUUAAUUCAAGUCUUCGAAUGUGUUCCAUUGCUGCUUCUGAUUCGCCACUCUCUACGUCAAUGUAUGAAUUAUCAUCCAAGAAGGUAUGGAUUUGGACUGAAAACAGUCAAGUAAUGACUGCUGCAGUGGAAAGAGGAUGGGAUACCUUCAUCUUUUCUUCACAGAAUCAAGGGCUUGCCAAUGAAUGGUCAAAAAUUGCAUUGAUUGAUCCUCUUUUCAUUAAAGAAGGAGAGAUUUUCGAUAAUGCCGGCGAAAGAGUUGCUACAAUUUUUCAGGUUUCAACUCCCUCAGAGUUAAAGAAGCUCCACCCUGAGGCUCAUCAUGUAGAGAAUGUUGUUAUUGAUUUACUAGAUUGGCAGGUGAUUCCUGCAGAAAAUAUUGUGGCAGAGUUCCAAGGCAGUAAAACGACUGUGUUUGCUGUCUCGAAAUCACCUGCUGAAGCACAACUAUUUCUCGAGGCCUUGGAGCAUGGACUUGGUGGGGUUGUUUUAAAAGUUGAGGUUGUCAAAGCUGUUCUUGAUUUGAAGGAGUACUUCAAUAGAAGGAAUGAAGUUCACAACAGAUUGAGCUUGACAAAAGCUACUAUAACUCAGGUUCAUGCAGUCGGAAUGGGUGAUCGGGUUUGUGUGGACCUUUGUAGUCUCAUGAGGCCCGGCGAGGGACUUUUGGUUGGGUCAUUUGCUAGAGGACUUUUUCUUGUUCACUCGGAAUGUUUGGAGUCAAGUUACAUUGCAAGUAGACCUUUUCGAGUCAAUGCUGGGCCUGUGCAUGCUUAUGUAGCUACCCCUGGAGGUAAAACAAGCUAUCUUUCCGAGUUAAAAGCGGGCAAAGAGGUGAUUGUGGUCGAUCAAACAGGCAAAAUACGAACAGCUAUUGUCGGCCGUGUUAAGAUUGAGACCCGACCACUUAUCCUCGUUGAAGCAAAGAUAGAUGCAAAUGAUCAAACCGUAUACAGCAUUCUUCUGCAGACUGCCGAAACAGUUGCGUUGGUUUGUCCGCAUGAAGGUAACAGAAUGCAAAAGACUGUGAUUCCUGUGACCUCCCUGAAAGCUGGGGACGAAGUUUUGCUAAGGCUACAAGGUGGGGCUCGACAUACCGGAAUAGAGAUAAAAGAAUUCAUUGUCGAAAAUUGAAUGAAUGAACAAGAUGAUGUUGAUGGUGUAAUUUGUCCAUUUUCCAGGAUUGUUUUCAUCCAUUUGAACGCCUUCAGAUGAAUUAUAAAUGUCAACAAGUUCUUCAAUGGCAUUUGAUAUGUUUGAUAAA